AUGGGACCCGAUCCUGAUCAUAUAGUUAUCAAACUUCGCGGUCUUCCUGGAAGUGGUAAAAGUUACUUGGUAAAGGCAUUAAGUGAUUUAGAGGUUUCAAAUGGUGGCAAUGCACUACAAAUCCAUUCCAUGGAUGAUUACUUCAUGACUGAAGUUGAAAAGCUGAAACAGGUUGAGGAGAGCGAAAGUUCCAAAACUUCUGGAGCUGCCAAGGGGAAGCGGACCAUCACAAAGAAAGUAAUGGAGUACUGUUAUGAGCCAGAAAUGGAGGAGGCCUAUCGAGCAAGCAUGUUGAAAGCGUUUAAGAAGACACUAGAGGAUGGAAUUUUCAAGUUUGUGAUUGUGGAUGACGGAAAUCUGUGGUUAGCUGAUUUUGCUCAAUUUUUGGCACCUGCAAAGAGGUCGGGGUAUGAAGUUUACAUUCUUGAGGCGACUUACAGAGACAUUGCGGGAUGUGCGGCUAGGAAUGUGCAUGGCUUUACUUCUGAGGACAUUCAGAAAAUGGCAAAUAAAUGGGAACACACUCCCCCUUUAUAUCUACAACUAAAUACCCAGUGGCUAUUCCACGAUGAUGAUCUGAAUGACCAAGGGAUUGCAGAGUGCAAGAAAGUACACCUGUCCAUGAUAAUGUCUUGCUUACAAGUGGAGAUGGAUAUGGAGGAAGUGGACUGCAGUAUGGAAGAACCCCUUUUGAAGAACGAUGAGAAAUUUAUACAGAAUCCUGAUUCCCCAUCACCAGAUUAUGAAUAUGAAAGGCAUCAGUCUGGAAUUGGGCAGAGGUGGCAAGCUGAAAUUUCUGACUCGUUAAAAGAAGUUAAAGAAACAGAGAAAAGUAAAUGGUCCACGAAUAUGGAUGAGGUUGCUGAUGUGGUAAAACCACCUAAGAAUACGUCUCAGACUGCACUCUCUGGACUGAUACAGGCAUAUGGCAAGGGAGAUAAAUCCGUCCGUUGGGGUGAUCAUGAAGGACGGAGUGGCUUUGCUAUAGGAGUUGGAAAGAAGUCUAAGUCUCUGAUAAUUGGACCUGGAGCGGGUUACAAUUUGGACUCCAAUCCAUUACCUGAAGAAGAAACUGCAAGUGAGAGUGACCAUGGUAGUUCCGGGGAGUCAAAGAGGCGAACUAUGUUUCUUGAGCAUAUCCGUGCAGAGCAGGAGUCUUUCCGUGCCGUUUUCGAUAGAAGACGACAGCGCAUCGGUGGGCUUGAUGUGGAGGAUGAUUAGUUACUGAUUCUGUAUUAAGUUGAACAAUUUUGAUCAUCCAUCGUUGUCACUAUUGUAAUUUGUAUAUAUAGAAAAGGAAAAU